AGCGCUCAUGAAGCCGUCGCAGCCAUCGCGGGCAUGCGCCUCUGAGCCCUUCCUUCUUCUUCUACCGAAAGCAUGCCAUCCCUUCCCUUCCCUUCGCGGAGAAGAUAUGUAUACGGGGGCUUCGUAGAGGGCCGACGAAUGGCGAAUGGCUCGCGAGUUGCGAACGGGUUGGCGAACAUGAUGGCCAGAACCGGGAGGCGAACGCGCAGUACCAGAAAAUCGAAUCGGAAGCCGGUCCGGAUGGAAAGAAAGAAGGAAAGAGCCGCACACAGCGAGAGGGGGAGGGGUGAUGAUGGAAGGCGAGAUAUGUGACACAAGCUCAUGUGGUGCCCCUGACAGAGCGGCCCGGAGGAGUGGCCGACCGACCAAUGGAGAAAGCGAGGCGGAGCGCGAGGUCUCUUCUUCUUGAGCAAUUUGCCACGCCAGAUGAUGCCGCUGGCCGGGACUCAGGCCUCACAAAGAACGAAGGAACAAUAAUGCUCGACUGACGAACACUUGGUCGAUUUUCUGCCCCGACGCGUGUCGCCACGUGUCGAUUUUGUUCGUAUUCUCCCACCUGCCUUUCGCCGAAGCGAAGCGAGGUCUUUUUGAAGACAAGCAAGGUCUUCCCAUUAGUCAACCACUGUAACCAGGCUGGAUAACCGAGAGAGACGCCAGACAUCGGACGGUUGACACCCCACGCUCUCGGGAUUCAACCGUCGCCACGCAAUCUCCUGCCGCUUGCUCUUGUUGUUCGGCCGGUACGGCAGGCCAUUUAGGCCCAAAUUCUCUCGCGUCGCUAGAGGCGUCUGGUGCGCAGCCUACGUGGAUCUCCCACUAAACAGAUCUCCUUUUGCAUGCAACUCGCUCGACCUUGUAGUGCACCGAGCUAGCUAUCUUUAUUCCUGCUUUCAAACUUGGUUGGUGUCAGAGGCCGUGUCCUCAACCUCCCGAGACUUACCGUCCUCAUGUCAUGUCUGGACUCCUGUUCCAUCUUACAAAUUCCACAAUCUGGACAACUACAGAUGCAGAGCCCGGCCUUUGUUGUAGCCUCUGGAUUUGCUCGCUUUCUCACCUCAUAAUUACUGCUCUGUGGAGGACCUCCCCCGCGAGAAGCAACUACCUUCCUCCUUUCCUCACUGCAUCUGUCACUACUUGUCAUGUGUGUAUAAUCUCGCUUGCAUGAUCCCUCUUUAAGGGCCCUACGCUGGAACAUAUACCCGACCCCUUCUGGGAAUAUCAUAACAUGCAGUAGUACAUAUUCCUGUGUGAUGAUCUAGGGACCUAGCCUCCCUUUACGACUUGAUGAUGGGUCCUCCCAUUCUUUUCGCUAUAUUACUUGUUUCUCCGCUUGUCGUGCUGCUUCGAGAGGCUAUGUCUUCAAGUGCAGUUGGGUUCUAGUUUCUACAAGGCCAUUGAAUCGCGGUAGUCUUUUCUACUUAAAGAGAGCAUUUGCUCGACUUCAACUUCGUGCAGCGAGUAGCAAAUAAUCCGAAGGCCACACUAUGUACAAAUAUGGUUUCUGAAC